GUGACAUUCUUUCUGGAGUGUGCUUUGUGGGUCAAUUAGACACCCAUUCCCUGGGUGUUUUUCUCAUCAUACCUUUGUGUAUAUAUUUGUCAAUUGGAGCUCUCUUCCUUCUAGCUGGUUUCGUCUCACUCUUUCGCAUACGCACCGUCAUGAAGACCGAUGGCAAACGUACUGAUAAAUUAGAACGCUUAAUGAUGCGUAUAGGUUUCUUUUCGGGUCUCUUCAUCUUACCCGCUCUAGGCUAUUUGGGAUGCUUAUUCUAUGAAUACUAUAACUUCGAUGAAUGGAUGAUACAAUGGCAUCGCGAUAUCUGUAAACCUUUCUCAAUACCUUGCCCCCUGCCACGACCAGAUGGUUCUGAGUCAAGGCCUAUUUUCCAGAUUUAUAUGGUCAAAUAUUUGUGUUCAAUGCUAGUGGGUGUUACCUCAAGUGUAUGGCUGUAUUCGAGUAAGACGGUG